AUGGAGAUGGACAUGGACAUCAGUUGGUGCUUGGCCUGCUCCAGGCGCACACGUGACCCGAGUAAUCCGUAUUGCUCAGAGUCGUGUCGCCUGAGCGAUGCCGAGCCUUCGACGCCGCUGAACGAGCGCCAGCUCAUCACGUCGCCGUUGCCCCCCAACUUUGUGCCAUUACCUCCCUCCCCCAACGUGUCGAGGAAGUCUUCGGAUCGUCGUCCUUCGCGCCGAGCCGCUCCGAACUCCGAUGUGCGCCCCUCUCUUUCCCCUCUCGUCAACCGCCAGGCGCCCUCCACUGGUGCUAUUCACGAUCUGAACCAGCAGGAGCAGCGCAAGGCCCGCGACCGCCGUGCUCUGUCAUUCCCCGCCGAGUGCGAGCCCUGCCCUGAAGAAGAGGAGACCAACCGGGCCCUCGCCUUUGUUCGCAAGACCAAGCCCGUCAAUGGUGUUUCACGCUCAUUCAAGAGAAGGUCAUUACAGAUGUCCCCUGAAAUCUCGCGCCUGACUAUGACCACUGGUCAAGUCACGCCGUCCACUCCGACCACACCCGCCGUCGAGACUUCGACGUUCUACUCGACCUCCGACAGCGAGGACGGCAGCGCAAACGGUCAGCGCAGCCCGGCGCUCACGAGCACGCAGCUGCACCCUGCCCCGCCGAUGCCUUUGACCCGCAUGAACGGCAGCAGCAACACGUCAUCCCAUCGUGACAAUGGAGUGAACGUUGCCUCGUCGCUCAGCGCCAAGCUUCCUGGUCGCCCGACGCUGGAGGCUCGCAACAGGUCGAACCCUGUCACGCGCAUGAGCUCUUCGUCGUCUCGCAGUCGCGAAGACAUUAUCAGCUGGGCGCGUGGCGUCGAUGCUCGCCACCGCACGGACGACGGUACGCCUGUCGACACUGCGACCAUUCGCCGUUCCCGCGGCCGUCGCCCGGAAGCCUUCGCCAACUUGGUUCCGCCCAGCACCGAGCCCCUCGACGAGCCCGUUACCAGCACCACCCCCAAGAAUGCUGGUCCGCUGUCCGCCCUGAGCAUGACGUUUGGCCCCGUGAUGAACGCUUUCCGUAGCGUCUCUGGUGGAACCGCCCCGUCACCCACGGCUCCCGCGCAGAACCCCAUUCCGCAAACUUCAGCGCUAGGCCUUCAGGCCGUGCCCGCUCCGGCUGAGGUCUCGAUUGUGGAUGUCGUCGUUGGCACCAAGUCUGACUGCCAGUCGGCCAUGGACCCUAGCACGCCCAGCCUUUCGACCAUGUCAUUGUCCGACGCUGUCGACCCAUCGACGACGACUGACAUGUGCGACACUGCCACGGACGACUUUUCCAUUGUUUCCUCGAUCUCGCGCCCGCCCAUCUACACUGCGCCCAGCACGCACAACCCGCUGCCGCAGCAGUUCCGCCGUGCGAACAAGGCUGCACUGCCUCUUCGUCCCACUAUCCAGUCGACGGCCUCGGCUCUGUGGAACUUCUCCACCUACAUUCGCUCCCUCACCCCCUUUGCCGCGCCCACGACGCCCAAGCCCAGUUCUGCCGAGCCGACUCCGCAGCUCACUGAGGACACCCCUGCUUCCGAGUCUGUCCUCCUCACGCCGGAUAGUGCCGUCCAGGCCACCUCACCCGUGCCUACGACUGUCGGUCGCCCCGAGUCGCCCGACUUUACGAUGCAGCCCGAGCAGUUGGUGCGUAGCGUGCCCAUGGAUAUCGCGAUCGCCCCUGGCAGCAAGGCGCUCGAGGUCAUCCAGGAGCGCCAGCGUGAGCGCGAGAUGCUCGAGAACAUGCCUCGCAGCCGCAGUCGUACGCGUAUCAUGGCAUCGCGAUCGCCAUCGGUUGAGGCGCAGAUCGGCAGGAAGCACCACACCCGCCAGGUGUCGUACGAUGCCGACUGCAGCGAGGUGGGCGGCGGCGACGACCGCGGCCGUCGUGGCCGCUCGCGCGGUCGUGCGCCCCGCGGCGAGCGCCGUGCCCGCACUCAGCCCGUCACUCCCCCAGAACCUGUCGCCAAGGCUGCCCCCGUCGAGGAGGAGCCCGAGCGUGGCCGUCGCCGCGACCGCGGUGCCGAGUCUCGCGAUCCCCCAACGCCAGCAUUCCAAGAGGCGGUCGACAGAACAAAGGCUCGAUCACCGAUCACCCGGUCCGAGCGACGCCACCACGAGUCGAGAGUCGAGAUGAUGGCGCAAGAGGUCGGUAGUGGGGCCAGUGACCCCCAGCAAGCGGCCAGCGGGCAGAAGAAGAAGGAAGUGGGAGGUGACAGCCACGAGGAGCGUGAGCCUCGGGAAUCGGCGUCGAGAGAUGGGGCAGCCAUGUCCGCGGCCACAGCGCAAGCCUCUCCUUCCCGCCUGAACCUGGAGCCUGCGCCCCAGCCCAGCAAACCCAGCGAGUCUGGCGAGUCUGCCGGUGGCGCAGAACGUCAAGAACGUCAAGAAGCAGCCGUAGUCGGCCUCGCCGGGCCGGACACCGGGGACGCUGGCAUUCUGCCUCAACUGCCCUCCGGUAUGAACAGGCAGGAAGGACAAGGACAUUCCGCAAAAAUCGCAUCGUCUAGCACGGAUGAGGUGGUCACGAGACCCCCUCCCCUCAGUAUUCUCGCCGCACCGACCGAGGAUUCCGGAGGAGCCGAGGCUGCCGCUACGCAUGCCGCGCAUGCCGCGCGCGCUACGCUUGCAGCGCAGCACAGUGACGCAGGUGACGAAGGUCACGAAGGUCACGAAGGUCUCGGAGCGUCCGCCGCGGAUGAAGAGAAGUUUGAAGUCGUCGGCGGUCUCGGAGCGGCGGCCGAUUCGGAAUUCGAAGAACACAAGGGCAACGGGGGCAACGGGGGCAACGAGGUCAGCACGCCUGCGCUGAUCCAUCCCCACCAAGUCAGUGGGAGUGACCACCCCGCCUCUGCUGUGCCCGAUGAGGGCCGGGAUACCCAGAACGGACAGGUGGCGGUCACCGCCAACCCCGCCAAGGAUGAGAUGGACGUCGACGACGACCCCGUCGCCACGAAGGAGGCGGGAAAGACCAAGCCCGCCAUGUUUGCUUAUGCCAACACUGGCGCUCCACCCAGCGCACCCCGCGCACCCCGCGGCCUGGCCUCGCUGCCUGCGCGUCCCUCGGCGCCAUCCUUCCGCACCCGUGCCCCCCUUCCCUCUCAGAAUGACAGCUACGCAACCGUCUUCGGUGCUCCGGCCCCUACUCGUAACCGCCGCGACAACCACAGCAGCCACAACGACAGCGGCAAAGAAGGACCCAGGGGUGUGGACCGGUCGGCCCUUUCCUCGCUCAUCUUUUCGAUUUCGACGACUCCCAGCGCGGCCUCGGAGCUACUGCAGCUCCCCCUCCCCUCCCGUCGCCAGACGCGGCGCGCGACUGGUGCCGGCGUGCUCAUUCCCGUCGAGCGUCUCCCCCUCCUUCCCCUUCCGCCCCUCCCGCCAAUUCUCGACAAGAAGCUGGAGAAGGUCGUCUUCUCCCACCAGUCCCUGUUUCCCCGGGACGCGGGGGUGUUUGAGUAUCCCGUGAAAGUGAUUGGGGAGGGAGGAAUGGGGGAGUGGGAGGGCGGCGUGCCGCACUACGAGAAGCUGGAACAUGUCGGGGACGCCAUCCUCGGCGGGGUCGUUACGACAUGGCUGCACCGCUGCUGGCCCGGGCUGACUUGUGGGACUGCCACGAAACUCAAAGCCCACCUCGUGUCGAACAACACCCUCUCCCACCUCAGUGGGAUGUACCACCUGCCCGCGCGCCUUGCUUGCGCCCCCCUGCUCCGCGUGCAGACCGAUAUCCGCGCCGCCCUCGUCGAGGCAUACAUUGCGGGAGUGUACUUCUCCCAUCCCCCCGGUGCUGGCAUUGGCAUAGUCACCGAAUGGUUGGAGGAGAUGUACGCGCCCCUCGCCGACUUCUUCCUCCAGCACAUGCGGGGGGAGUACGCCGUCCUCCGCGCGACGGUGGGUACGAGCGAGGGCCGCGUGGUGACGCACCGGGGGCACACCUCCAGUAUUCCCGCCAACCCCUCUCUGGCUGUGCCCGACACUGUGCCCGACACUGUCCCCGCCGAAUCUUCCAGCGAAGACAAAGGCGGGGACAGGAGCGGAGCCGACGACGGUAGUCCUAGCCAACUCAAGAUCAACGCCAAGCCCGGGCGCAGGGGCACCGUCUCGCAGCCCGACGCGCUCGAGGCGGCUGACGAGCGCCUCCGCCCCGCCCUCACCGCCCUCAGUGCAUACUGCAAGGAGACCCGCACGACGCUCGAGUUUCGCGAGAAGCGCUUCCGGCUCAGUUCGGGCACACUUUGGAAGAUCAGUGUCGUUGUCGGUGGGGCAGAGAGGGGCGAGGGCAUGCGCGUCACCAAGUAUCGCGCGAGGUGGGUCGCGGCCGCGCAGGCUUGUGCGGAACUGGGGAUUGGGUGGGAGCCCGAGGAGGUGGGCAAGCUGUGA